AUGGCUCCCCUCUUCGCCUCCUGCCACGCAUCCCACGCGUCCCUCCUACUCCUCUCCCCCAACCCCGCCGCCGCCGCGCGUCUGCGCGUCGGUGGCCUCCGAGUCAGGCGGCCCCGCCGCCUCCGCCUCCCCGUACGCACCGCCGCGGGAGGCAGCCCACUCGACGCCGAGAUCCCCGACCCUACAGUCGACGACGACGAGUGGGGCCGCGAGCCGCCCGCUUCCGCGCCGGGUUGCUCGCGCCCCGGCGUCACCGACGAGUGGGGCGAGCCGGGGGUGGCCGAGCCUGAGCAGCCCUCCGGCGCCGACACCCCUACCAACGACGACGAGUGGGGCGGGGAGCCCACGCCGACGCCGCCCAAGGCGAAGGAGGCUCCGGUUACGAAGGAGGACGAGGGGCGGGAGGAGCUGAAGCGGUGCUUGGUGGACACGGUGUACGGCUCCGGCCUGGGCCUCAAGGCGUCCUCGGAGGUCAGGGGGGAGGUCGUGGAGCUCGUGGCCCAGCUCGAGGCUGCCAAUCCCACGUCCGCGCCCGUCCAGGCGCCAGAGCUCGACGGAAACUGGAUACUCCUGUAUACAGCAUAUUCUGAGCUUCUACCGAUUCUGCUUGCCGGGGCAACACCAUUCACCAGAGUUGAUAAGAUAUCCCAAGAAAUCGACUCGAGAAGCAUGACAAUAAUUAAUGCUUCAACUAUUUCGACUCCAUUUGCUUCCUUUUCAUUCAGCGCAACUGCUUCUUUUGAAGUCCAAACUCCAUCAAGGAUAGAGGUCCAAUUCAAAGAGGGGAGCUUCCAGCCUCCUGAGAUAUCAUCAUCGGUAAAUCUACCUGAACAGAUCGCCAUAUUCGGACAGAAGUUCAGCCUAGGGCCUGUUAAGGAGCUGCUGGAGCCUUUGCAGCGAGCAUUUGCUAGCAUUGCAGGGUCCAUCUCUGGGCAACCACCCCUCAAGGUACCGAUUCCUGGCGACAACAAGGCCAAGUCGUGGCUUUUGACAACCUACCUGGACAAAGACUUGAGGAUUUCAAAAGGCGAUGGAGGCGGCGUGUUUAUUCUUGCCAAAGAGGGGAGCCCUUUACUAGAUUAA